AUGGGACGGCGACCAGGAAGCACCACCAAGUCGGGCCGGUUCAUGAAUCCGGCCGACCAGGAGCGGAAGAGUAUGCGGCAGAAGGAGCUGAAAAGGAACCGCAAGCAGCGGACAAUGGUGCGGCAUGCGAUACUCAAAAGCAAAGAUACUGAUGAAAUUCUGGAGAAUUUGGGCCGCCUGGAUGAUCAGGAAUAUGACAUCCGUGUGGACCAUCACAGCAAAUACGUUUUCAACGAGAAGCGUACCAAAUUCAUGCAGACCUAUAACGACAUAGUGAAUUUAUAUAAGCAGGAGAAACGGGACGAUAUUGUAAAAGAUUUGGAGAAAAAGAUGGCGCAGUAUGAAGCGGAGAGAAACCGAAAAAUACAGCAGUACAAUGCGCAACGAUUCUCGCUGGAGACAAAUCCUGUGGAAAUUCCAUUGCCGGACGGCGUUUCAGUUCCAAAUGCAGCAAUGACGCCUGUUGCUCCCAGUAUACCAAUUCAGUUCUUGAUCCCUCAAGCACGCGCUGGCAUUUUGAAGAAUGCGCAAGUGGAUCAGGAUAUUGUCGAGCGAACGGAACCUCCUGGACCUCCUUGUAGUCUGCCGCCAUUUCUCGGACCAGAGGAUGAUAGUGAAUUGCUCCCCAGAAGACGAGUCCGAUUUGAGGAAAAUUCUCCAAACGAUACGGAAAAAGCUACAAACGAAAAUACGGCAUCAGCCACAGCCGAAGAAGACUUCGGUCCUGUCGAAAUUCCUGCGGAGAUAAUGCAGCCCAGCAGUAAUCCGUCGUUGGGUCCGGUGAUUCCACAGGAUCGUUUAUUGCGUGCGCCACCGAUGCCUCCAAAUAUGUUACCGCCGAUGCCUCGUCUUCCGCUUCGCGUUCCUCCUCCGCCACCGCGUUUUCCUGGGCCUAUUUUGCCAAUACCGUUUAUACGCCCAUCAAAGAGCAGCUCGGUGAUCUCAGCAGAACCAGUCGUGCGACGAAUUGAGGAGGCUGAACAGCCAAAAGACAGCGGAGAAGCAACAAUUUCAGCAGAACCAAAAUUGAGGGACUUAGCAAAAGAAGUCACGAAGUUUGUGCCAACAGCACUGAUGGUCAAUCGAAACAAGCAGCAACCGAAAAAGGCCGUUCGCAAAUUUAAUAUGAUGGGGAUUCAAGUGGAAUCAGCGCAAAGAAAAGAAGCGAAAGACACGGACGAAGCGUACUCAGAAUUCAUGAAAGAAAUUUCUUCUCUUCUUUAA